GGGCCCCUGCUCGCCCAGCAGGCUGUGGGUGCCACUCCGAGGGGGCUCAGGACACCAGGACUCUGACUCACUGCAGGCAAGGACAGAGACAUUUUUUGCCCUAAAGAAAGGCAGAGAGGAAAGACGACAAGCAGGGGCUGAAGGGUGACAUGCUUUGGAUGCUUUCUUAUGUGCAUGGAAGGGAAUGGAGAGCAAGAUGGAGAUGAUGCUGACCAGGGAAGGUGUUCAGGGAUGGUGCUAUCCAGGAGAGAUGCUCAGGGAUGAGGCUGGCCAGGGGAGCUGUUCAGGGAUGGUCCCGGCCAGGGGAGAUGCUCAGCCAAAGCCUGGUGUCUCUCCAUGGCACACCUGGGCUUGAGAUGUCCCCAUACUUGGUGUCACCCCUGGGGCUGCCUCUCUCUUCCAGCCGGGCAGGAUCUGUCCCCCUCCCACAGAGCUGCCCCAGGAGCACAGAAGCAAGUGAUGACCAUCAUGAGACCGGGCCCUGAAGACGCGCCCCAGCUGGACCUGGGCAAGAAGAUGAGCACCCCACAGGACCUGAUGAUCGAGGAGCUCUCUCUGGGGAACAACCGCGGCUCCCAGCUCUUCCACCAGCGCCAGAAGCGGAUGCAGCGCUUCGUCUACGAGCAUCCCAGCAGCUACAGGGAGUUCUCGGGCCCGGGUGGCUCACACCGCACUGAGAAAGGCAACCCGGAGGGGACGGCAAACGAGUGGACGGCAGGAGAGGACGCCGGGGGUGAGCAGAGUUAUCACUCUGAGCUCCACGUGGCAGCAUCGCCCCAGGGUGGCCCCCCCCAGGUGCCCAAGAAGACAGAGAAAGUCUUGCAGAUGAGCAAAGUCCUCAACCCCGACGCUCUGGCCCCAGGAUACUCAGGCCCCCUCAAAGAAGUCCCCCCGGAGAAGUUCAAUGUCACCGCCAUCCCCAAGGGCUACCGCUCCCCGUGGCAGGCGCUCCUCGGUGACAAGGACAACGCUCUGCCUGGCAAGAACCAGCUGCCCGUGAGACCCUCUCCAUGGGACUUCAGGAGCUUCAACAGGACUCCUGCCCCGUUUGACAGGGCACUGGUCAGCGACCUGUUCUCGGUGCCUGCCACCGAGCUGGACAACCUGAGCGCUCUGGAGGUGAUCUCCUACAGACCCAACUUCAACAGGACACCCCAAGGCUGGGUGAGGAUCCUACCGGAGAGCGACGAGCUGUAGACCCCACUGCCCCCCUUCCCCAUCGCCGCGGGUGCUUUUCUGGCCAGACUCCGACACGCUUCGCAGGGGAGGGGAGAGUCUUCUUUGGGAGAGCUAAGCUGGUGGCCUCGGGUUGUCGUCCUCUCCGACGGGACUGGAACAAGCUCAAGUCUGGGACCAUUUUGAAUUCCCCUCGUGCCAGCCAUUGUCACAAGGGCGUUCAGCCCCAAGGUAACCAGCCAAGUCCUCCUCCUUGAUCCGAGCAGGUCACCGUAAGCUCCGGUACAAAACAUCCCGUACAGCCUGUCCUCUUCCCUGGCCCGUGGAGAACAGCAGGACACCCCAAAUUGUCUCGCUGCUUCUUCACCGGCACACAAGACCUGCUCCGACAGCUGCUGCCUUAAGAGAGAAAUUCCAUCCUUCAGGACACCUCUAUGUCUGUCAUUCCGGUCAGGACGGCGAGAGGAGGCGAUAACUGAAGGGCAGCAGCAAAACACGUUAGUGGAGGCACUGGCACGUUAAAAGCACUCACCCUGGGCUUGGCUGGACAAGAGAGAGACAAGUGAAGAGCUGGGAAUCCACUUGUUUAUCAACACAACCGGGAUACCUGGGAGAGGAACGUUGGGAGUUGGAAACUUGUGCCCCGUUUUCCACAAGCUACCAGCUAGCACUUGGCAGCUGUUACCUUCCCCUUCCCACCGCUAUUCGCUUGCUUAAACACCCCAGCCCUUUGAUUGACUGACGCCAGGUUUGCUUCGUGCCCUUGGGUCAACAAGGAUCAGGCCCUGCCUGGACCCUCCGUGCUGCAGAGUUGUGCUGGUCUGAGGAUACCACCAGGGUAUUCCAGCAAUUUUGGCAUCAGUGGGAAGGAAAAGCGGCGCAGCCGUGACUCCGGAGCGAGCGCCGGCUUCUCCAUCAACACAAAAACCAAGGUUUUCAGCAGUGACACACAGCGGGACAUGCAGCCAACAACAGCCUGGAGGAGAGUCAUCAGCACAUCUGGAACACCCUGCUAAUAAAACCCUCUAACUUCACACACAGGCUUCCUACCGUUGCUUUUGUCAGGUUCUUAACCUUACCCGUAUUUAAUCUUGUAAAAGUUGAGCAUUGGCAUAAAAUGUUCUUUUUCCACCACCGCGGUUGAAUCGGGCAAGUCAAAUUUUGUGGUAAAAAAAGCAGCUAACGGGGGUCUCAGUUGUGGAGAGUGUUUGCAGUGCUGCCAGACUGAUGCAGAGGAAACCCCACACGGGGAUUCUGCUGCAGCAACGCCCCGUUCAGGCAGGGAACUUCCAUUGCUCUGUUCUUCCCUCAAAGCAGGAAGGGACAAGCAAAUGGAAAGAGAAAAGCUCUGUUCCUUAAACAUAAAGAAUUUAUGAUCCUGUUCCAAACCCCAUCCCUCCUCC